AUGGAGGAGGCCCAUGUGCUGAGGAGUGGCUGUGGGCAGGCAGUAGUGCUCCAUAAGGUGACCAGUGUAGGCAGCGAGAUGGGAACGAAGGUGUGGAGGAGUCCUGUCCUAAGAGGAGGCCGGUUAGAGCUGUGGUUCUCAGAGUGUGGCCCCUGGAACAUCAUUAUCAGCAUCCCCACCACCUCCUUAGAAAUGCACAUUCUUGGACUCACUCCAGACCUACUGAACCAGGAGCUCUGUGGGUGGAGUCCAGCAGUCUGUGUUUCACAGGCCUUCCUUGUGAUUUUGAUGCCUGGGGAAGGUAUGGGCUCUACCCCUCAAGUGCACAUCCAAGACCCACAGGAGGAUGGGGUCCAAGUGCUGUGCAUGGCCCUGGGGUGGUUCCUGAAGCCUCAGAUGAUCUGCAAGCAGAUCUUGACUGGAGGAAAUCCGUUUACCUGGCUGGUGAGUGACUUUCCAGAUAGCCUUGUGUCUUCCAUCUUAAUUAAGCCAAGAGGUAUCUCCUCUCCUUGUGCCAUGCAGAGGUAUGUGGACCCUUCCCUGGGCGCAGAAGUGGAAGCUGAGGAGUUCGUGUUGAUUGGCCCUCAGAAACCCACUGUGGCAGUGCUGGGUGGGGUCAUAAUGCUGCCAUGUCAUGUGUUCCUGGCCAUGAAUGUGGAGAACAUGGAGCUGUGGUGGUUCCGCUCAAAUUUCUCAGAAGCAGUGUUCAUCUAUCAAAACCAGUGGGAGCAGAGAGAGGUGCAGUUGGCCCAGUACACAGGGCGGACUUCACUGGUGAAGGAAUUCCUCACCUGGGGAGAGACCAUCCUGCACAUCCACAAGGUUCAGGCUUUCGACAACGGGCUAUAUACCUGCUUCUUCAGAAAGGGAAGCUUCUGUGAAUCUGCCAGUUUGGAACUGAAGGGGGCAGGUGUGGGCUCUGCCCCUCGAGUGCACAUCGCAGGGCCAGAGGAGGACGGGGUCUGAGUGUUGUGUAAGGUGCCAGGUUGGUUCCCGGUGCAGUGGAGAGCCCUCAGUGGAGAGAAGUUUUUGACAUUCUCUGAGACCCAUACCCAAAAUGCUGAAGGGCUGUUCAAUGCGGAGGCUGUGCUGGUGGUGAAACAUAGCUCUUCGGAGAAUGUGACCUGCUCCCUUCUUAACCCAAUCCUGAGCCAAGAGAAAGCAAUUGUCAUUUCUUUCCCAGAGGACUUCUUUCCCCAGACUUCUCUCUGGAUGUCAGCUUUCAUGGUGAUCCUGACCUUGUUGAUAUUCUUAUUCUUUGGGACUGCCUACUACACCAAGGGAGGACAAACUGCUAAGUGCCAGGAGAUGAAGGAAUGGGAGAAACUCCAUAGGGAAAAAGUGGAGGACCAGUGGGCAAAGGAGGAGGCAUUGAAAGCCAGAGAUGAACUCCAAGCAGAUCUCAACUGGAGGAAAUCUGUUUAUCUGACCGUCUGGAGGAAGGCAUAUAUGUAUGCAGAUUGGUGGAAGGAAAAGUUCCUGACUUUGUCUGUCACUCUGGAUCCAGGGUCUGCAGAUCCAAACCUUGCUGUUUCUAAUGAAAAGUCUUGUGUGACCUGGAAGGAUACAACUAAGGACCCAGGAAAACACUGUAGCAUCUUAAGUCAUGAAGGCAUCACAUCAGGGCGCUGUGUCUGGGUGGUGGAUAUCAGGAAUGGAGACAGAAGUGAAUGGUCUCUGGGUGUCUGUAGAAGAGAUGUAGAGAGGACAUACUGGUACCAAGAGUGCCCAGAAGGGGGGUUCUGGGCUGUGGGAGUAUAUUUGCAAAAUUACUGUGCAUAUUCCAACUUUGUGAUUCUGCUAUUCUGUAGACAAGUUCCUCACAUAGUGGGGGUUUUCCUGGAUGUUGGAGGAGAUGUCUCCUUCUACAAUAUGACUGAUGACUCCCAUACAUUCUUCUUCCCUCUAGCUUCCUCCUCUGGGACUCUGUUUCCAUACUGGAUGUUGAAGUCAGGAGACAUGUCCCUCACCAUCUGCUCUGUGGUGGCUGGGCCUGCAGAUACCCCUGUGCCCCUUCCUUCUCCUUUGGAGGAUCCUAUGAGCCUCUCAGGGCAAGGGCUCAGGUCAGGCUCUGAUGUUUAUGGUGCUCUUCCAGGGGCUGAAUCUCCAUUACUCCCCUGCAGCCCUGAAGUUAUGUUACCGUAG